CAGAGCAUUCACAGUUCUAAAAUUGUUCAUCCCGAUUUAAAAUACAAUUAUCAGAUGUAAAUAGAGCACCGUUCAAAAGGUGAGUUGCCUCGUGUGGAAAAGUUGAAAAUGAACCAAUUUUGCGGUGUCUGCAAGAAGAGCGCAAUUCAAAGCUGUUCCGCAUGCAACUCUAUCUACUAUUGCGGCAAAGAACAUCAGAGAUAUCAUUGGAAACAUCACAAGGCCACGUGUGUACCAUUCAAGACAGUCAAUGAUGAAAAUGGCAAGGUUUUAAUUGCCAUAAGGAAUAUUGAAGCUGGAGAAAAAAUCAUCACCAAACUGCCUUUGCUCACCGGACCAAUAAGUGAAAAAGACCUUAUUUGCGUCUCUUGUUUUAUGAAAAUAGACGAAAAAUGUGCUGUUGAGUGCUUCAGUUGUGGACUCAAACUGUGCUCAGAAUCGUGUAAUCUGCAAACAGGACACAAGGCUUUUUGUGAAAUUUUGAAAAAGAGCGAAUUGAAAGCUGAGAAGUGUCCUAACCUACUUAAAUUCCUAAUCCCUCUAAAAAUACUCAUGUUGAAAUCGUCUGACUACAAAACCUUUGAUUCUAUUGUAAGUAACUAUGUAUACCAAGAGCCAAAACAACAACUCAAGAACAUCGUCCUGGAAUUGACCAGAUUAUGUGAGCAACUUGGUAUUGCUUGUGCCGCAGAGGAACUGUCUAAAAUCCUGGUGAUUUCCAAAAAGAAUUUCAUAGAAAUAAAGGACCCUAAGGUAGAAAAUACAAAGGCCCUUUACCAAGCUGUCCCUUGUCUGAAACAGAAUUGUGUUCCAAACACUAAAAACGUGUUUAUUGGAGACGCUAACCAGCUGAGUAUAUUCGCUACAGUUCCUAUAAAAAAAGGUGAAGUGUUGAAGACAAACUUCGCCGAACCCUUAUGGGGAACCUUAGAACGUCUAACAUACCUCAAAGCCACGAAAUACACGGAGUGUUCUUGCGAUAGAUGCAAGGAUCCCCAAGAAUUAGGAGCCUACGUCAGUUCAAUAUAUUGCCAGAAAUGCAAGGAUAGCCUUUUGGAAGAUAUAAGCCCUAAAAUUAUCAGCUCGAAUCCUAUAGAUACGGAGGCUGAGUGGAAAUGCGAAAAAUGUGAAAAUACGAUACAGGCAAAGCAGAUUUGUUUCGGUAAUAAGUCCCUCACUAGGGAAUUGAAUGGCAAAAACAUGAAAGACCCUAAGGGUUUGGAACAUUUCUUAUUCAAAUAUGGGGAAAUUUUACAUCCUACAAAUUCCUUCAGUUUGAGGGUCAAGUUGAGGCUGGUGCAGCUUUAUGGAAAUUCCGAAGGUUUCAAAUAUAAAGAUUUACCAUUGGAACUCUUAGAGAGGAAAAUACACCUUUGUCAGGAACUAUUGGACAUAGCUGAUAAAAUUGAUCCUGGAUAUUCUCGUUUCCGAGGAAUUCUCUUAUAUGAACUUCAGACUGCGAUUGUUCUACAAACUAAAAUGGAGUUCUGCAAAGACCUCAUCACUAAAACUGGAGCAGAAGAAAAACUGAAAAAAUCGCUGGACAUCCUCCAAGAAUCUUGCAAAAUUCUGUUGGUUGAACCUGAAUUCAAAGAAACUCUGCAAGAAAAGUUAGAAACGUUGAGCUCCAUGAUUGAAGUUCAGUGAGAGACACCAAGCGCCAUCUUCAGGACUUUUCUCAUAUAACAUCAGCAAUGAAAUAUUUGUAUUGUUGAUAAUUAACUUAGAAUAAUACCUUUAUUACAUUUAGUAACUAAGAAUAAACGAUAUGAAGGGA